AUGGACCAGUGGGUGGAGGAGUCAACCGGUAAGGAGGGUGGGGGGCCUCAGCCCCAAAGGGAGCCUGCCACAGAUGACGUGAGUCGGCCCAGGCUCCACCUCCCCAGACCAACGUCUGGGCGACGAAGCCCUCCUUCUCGGCCACUACCCCUCACCUGUCCCAGCCUUCCUGCCCCACCACUGGCACUUCGACUACACCUGCCAUGCCCCCCCUCUUUGCCGCAGCGCACUGCUACAGUGCCUCCUGUGCCUCCAAAAACAGUUCCCCAGCCAGACAUCACUAAGGAACUGCCUGCCACCGACGCCACCAGGCAACUAAUGGCAGUGAUGAGCGUGCUAGCUGCCAAAGUGGACAACCUGUCUGCAACAGUCUCUGGACUUAGUAACGAGUUUGCCGCCUUCAAGAGCCAGCAGCACACAGUAUGCAGUGGGACCUCCACUGUGGCCCCAACCCCAUACCCAGCGAGCGGUGCUCAGUGGGGCCAAGGAGAGAGUGAUGUGUAUCAGCAUAGCCUGUGCGACCCACCCAAGAAAAAGGACAAUGCUGCAGGGCAGUGUGCAACUGCUGCUGCACCAUCACCGAGGAUGGAUACCCCCACCAAGCCAGUCAAGGGAGCCAUGCGACAACCCCAGAGCCCCUCAUGGAUGGCCCCUGCUUCCCCUGCCACAGAGCAAGUCACCUGA